AUGUUUCAUUCUUCUCAUUGUAAUCAUAAUCAUAAUUUUGAACAAACUAACAACGAACAAUGUGUUAUUGAAACAUUACAUUCAUGUACACAUCGACAAUAUGACAAUAAUGAUAGAGAUCAAUCUAUGAAAUCGAAUUGUAAUGCAACUAGUUAUUCAUUCAAUAAUUUAUCGACUAAUUCAAAUUUUAUUCCUCCAUUCUCUAUAACAAAUUAUUCCAAUUAUAAUGAGCCUAUUUAUCAUCAUAGAACUGAUCAACACCCAUUGAUGAAUACUGAAUUAAUAAACAAUCACAUUGUCAAUCCAUCUUUCACUGCAUGGAAUAAUCACAACAAUCAUACUAAUAAUGAUCUUGUGGAUGCUUUCAUUGAUCCAAUAAUGAAUAGAUCAAAUGAAAAUUAUGAAUCUAUUGAAUGUAAAACAAAUCAAAAUAUGCUGAAUGAUACAGUGAAUAGUGAUGAAUCAUGGAAAAUGAAAAGUAUGAAAAAUAUUACAGUUCUACUUGAAAAUGCAUCUUUAUGGGAAAGUUUUAAUCAAUUAGGUACUGAAAUGAUUGUAACUAAAUGUGGAAGUAACUAUCAUUUUCUAAUGAAUUGCUUAGGUAAAGGUGAUCCACAAAUUACACCACGAAUACAUUUACAUCCAGAUGGAAUAGCCAGUGGAACAUACUGGAUGCGUCAAGCAAUAUUAUUUGAUAAAUUAAAGUUAACCAAUAAUCCAUUUGAUCAAAAUGGUCAUAUAAUUUUAAAUUCAAUGCAUAAAUAUCAGACAAGAUUACAUGUGAUUUUCGCUGAUGAAAUGGAUGAAAUAAUGAGAAAUGAUCGUGAAAUUAGUCAAUUUUGUACAAAUUCAUCGAAAUGUAUGAAAAGAACAUUUACAUUUCCAGAGACAAAAUUUUUCGCUGUAACCGCCUAUCAGAAUAAUCGAGUGACACAAUUGAAAAUUUCUAGCAAUCCAUUUGCGAAAGGAUUUCGAGAUUGUGAUCCUGAUAAUUGUCGUACAGAAAAUCAUUUACAACAUUUCGAUACAAAUCAGAGUGAGCAAUUUACAAAUGAACCUGGUUGUAAACGAACAAUUAGUUCAGAAUUCAAGAAAAUGAAUGCAAAAACGAAAGCGUAUCCACUAUCGCAUACAAUCAAAUCAGAUAAAAAGCUAAACAAGAAAUCACGUUCAAAGAGUCAAUUAACGAUUGCGAAACAAGUAAAACCGGUCACAGAAUGUGAAAAUCUUUUUCCAUCUUAUUUAUGUGUACAUAAUCAAAAUAUUGAAAAAUCGGAUGUUGAUGAAGUUAAACUGAAAUCCCUUUCAACGAAUAUUGAACAUUCAACAUUCAACAGUUUCACUAAUUUAACACCAAAUUUUCAUUCAAACUAUUUACAAAUACCUUCAAUGAGCAGUCAAAGUGAAAGUGGCAAAGUCCGGAUACUGUCAUUUCCCAUGAAUAAUAGCUUUAACACAAAGUCAGACAAUAUUAUUUUAGGUAAUACCUCAAACGAAUUACACAGGAAUAAUGUUUAUCAAGAUGUAAAUUUUCAUAGUAAAAUGUUUUCUAUCAAUGAACCGAUUGACAUUUAUCAAAACAAUCAAAUCUAUCACACUGAUAAUGAGGAACAGAAUUUCAGUGUUUACACGCUGUCCGAACCAUCUUCAAUGUCAUAUAAAUGGUUAAACAGAGAAAGUCAAACUAAAAUUCCUUCUAGUGAAGUUACAAAAGAAACAUGUCUUUUUUCAUCUGACAAUCAAGAAUUAUCUUGUAAUUUAUUUGAAUCAUGCAGUAUUCACAAAGAUACUAACAACAGUAAUGUUAAUCCAGGUGUAUUAAGUGAACAGAUGAAUAAUCCAACCUUUCAGUCUAUUAUUCAGGAACCUAUUGCAAAUUCUCACAAUGCUGUCAAUGAGGAUGAAACCAAUGAUUAUCCUUAUGAAGUUAAGAAUUUCAUACACGGAAUGAAGUAUUUCACUGCAACAUGAAAUACUGAUUUUAUCAUAGAAACAAU